AUGUUCACGGACAAAGUGGUAUUGAUAACUGGAGCCAGCUCUGGAAUCGGGGCAGAAACAGCAAUUGAAUUCUCAAAGCUUAACGCUAAAUUAGUGAUAACUGGAAGAAACAAAGAAAACCUGGACAAAAUAGCUAAGCAAUGUGAAGAUGGUUCUCCAAACAAACAUAAACCAUUGGUUGUAAUUGCCGACAUGAACGUUGAAGCUGAUGUUGAUAGCAUUAUAAAGAAUACAUUAGAACAUUUUGGCAAACUUGAUGUCCUUGUAAAUAAUGCUGGAAUUUUAGAAAAUGGGACAAUAGAAACGACUAGUUUAGAACAAUACGAUAGAGUAAUGAACACUAAUGUUCGAGCUCCUUAUUAUUUGACAAUGUUGGCUGUCCCUCACUUAGUGAAAUCUAAAGGAUCAAUUGUAAACGUCUCUAGUGUUACUGGUCUGCGAUCAUUUCCUAACGUUCUGGCUUAUUGUAUGUCAAAAUCUGCUUUGGACCAGUUUACGAGAUGUGUAGCAUUAGAGUUGGCUCCCAAGGGUGUCAGAGUUAAUGCCGUGAAUCCUGGUGUAAUUGCAACUGGAAUUCACAUGAAAUCAAGCAUGAAUGAGCAACAGUAUGAAGAAUUUUUAAGGAAGUGUGCCGAAACUCAUGCAUUGGGUCGUGCUGGUGAAAGUAAAGAAGUUGCAUCUGUAAUAAUAUUUUUAGCCAGUAAUGCAGCAAGUAAUAUUACUGGCGCUACACUCCCCGUAGAUGGUGGUCGUCAUGCUAUGUGUCCUCGCUAA